UUAUAAGAUGUGCAUUUUUUUGUUUCAGACCGCAGUUUUCCUUAUUGAAUUAUCUUGUUGACUUUAAGACAGAAAUUAUGAGUAUUCAGUGGACCUUGAUUGCUGGGUGUAUGUACACGGAGUUGGCCCUGACCUUCCUGCUGCUUCUGCCUAUCAUCUCUCCUAAAAGAUGGCACUCAUUCUUCAAGUCCCGAUUUUUGGCGAGCAUCUACAAGAUGUCCCAUGUUUACUUCAUGGUCUUCCUUGCUGUUCUGGUUCUUGUGUUCCUUGAUGCAAUUCGAGAGAUGCACAAGUAUUCCGGUGAAAUCAAGAGCCCAACCCAUGGGCAUGCCGAACAUCUGGAUGUUGAGAUGCAGCACCACAUGCGCCUCUUCAGGGCUCAAAGAAAUUUUUACAUCUCAGGCAUCUCUCUGUUUCUUCUCUUUGUUCUGCACCGUCUGGUGUCGCUGAUCUCCCUCCUUGCGGUGAGCUAUGCUGAGCUUGAGGCUGCCAUGAAGCAGGCCAAGUCUGCAAGCGAUGCUGCCAGGCAGCUCCUGGACCAGCAGGACCCCACAGCUGCCAGCAAGGACAUCAGCGCCGAACUCACGCAGCUCAAGGAGGAGAACAAGAAAAUGCUUGCCCAGAAGGAGGCUGCGCUAAAGCAGGCCGAGAGCGUCAACCGAGAGUAUGACCGCCUCAUGAAAGAGCUAGCAACGCUCCAAGCCAAGGAGGAGGCCGUGAGCGAGGGUGGAAAGAAGGACAAAUAAGUAAAAUGAUGGCAGCAAAACAAAUAGGCCUGUAGAAGUAGGGAGUGGGGAUAGAGUAGAACGGGCAAGGCUAAAUAUGAUGGCAGCAGAAUCGAAACGUUAGAAGGAAGCAAAGAAAAAUGACAGUUGAUUAUUGCAAGUAGGUACUGAGAACGUUAUUGAUACGAUAUACUGGCAAUUAAUUUAAUUCUGAAGGCUCUUGCAAUUUACAUAUUGGCAUUUAUUUCAAGGGGUUACUGAUUUAUAUUCUGAUGUUGACCUGUUCACUUGACUGAAACAUGUGCAACUUGGUAGACAAUGUUUGCUGAUGCUUAUUGCUUACAUGAGAUUAGAGUGUUAUUUGACAACCUAUCUUUAAUAUAAGAAUAUAAUAUAAUCUAUCAUUUUGCUUAGGAUUAAUAGUAAAACGGAUAAAUAUUUGUAUUGCAAUAAUACUCCAGCUUUUGAAUUAGAUAAAAAAAACUCGCUUUACCAAAAUUAAAACCUUGUUGGGGAACACAUAUGAAAAGAUUUCGGAUUUACAUAUGAAAAGAUAAUAUUUCACUCAUAAAUUUGGCUUUCGCUAUGCCUCUUUGUACAAAAAAACCUUCUUGGUCCUGCAUUUUUGCGGCUUUUCAGUGCCUUGUGCGAGUUGAUGUUAAUUUUUCCAUUGCACAUAAUUCUUAUUUUGUGCUUGUCGUUCAUAAUGACCUAUCAUUCUGAAUACAGUCGACUUAUUGAAUCACCUUUGCGAUGCCUAUAGUUUGUGUCUGAAGAAUUUCUAAUUCUACUCAUCCCCUGACAGUUACAAUUCUUUGUGAGCUAUUCCCCUUUUAUCUUGCUAAACUGACGGCAAUUUAUCUCAGUGUGUGCUAAUGAGUUCCUUAAAAAUCAUUAACGCUAUGCACUGAUUAUUGAAUUAAGUUUUCCUUGUCAGGUGACGUCUUUGCCAUAGAAACCUUCAUCGAAUAUGCAAAAUUACUGAACUUCAUGAAUUACUGGUUGUUAGUUCCACGGUUAGGUUUACAUAUAUUCUUGGAAGUUUCGGGAUUUUGCAUACAUAUUAUUUAAUGGUUCUACAUUCAUCUGUUCUGGCAUCUGACCCAAGAGUUCGGUUUCCAAAUCUUUCGUACAAGUCCCAUUAUUUUGACUUUACGUGCGUUUAGGCCAAUCUUCCAUCCUUCUCUCCCUGCGUUUGUACCAAGCGGUCAUACCGGAGUUUUAUCAGAGUGGUAAGUGGUACAUUGCCCCCUUGAGUGUUUAAUUUCCCUUACUCUAAAAGAGGAAAUUUCCUCGAAUUCUCCUGUUCAUGUGCGUCCUUUCUUCACUAACAAUCAUCGUUCAUUUGACGUCUAACAAACCGCAUGUCACCAAUCGUUAAUCUCGCAAAUUAUUUCUCAAAAAUCAUUCGACAAAUACAACAUGUUGAAUUUUAUCUUGAUCAGAGCGCAAUUAUAAUUUCUGUUAAGCGUGACGGGUUAAAUGUGGGGUGUAUGGGGAGUAAAGAUAUAAUAUAAUACUGUGUGUUAGUUACGAUGAUAUCCGUUAAUUAAGUUACUUUGUGUACUGGUUAGAAAGAACAACGCAGUUCCAUAAGUUAGAUUAGAGCAGAUUAUAUUUUAGUUUUUUACAUUCUCGAGAUUCUGCCAAAACGAUGGCUUGUAGAGUAAUAGUUAUCAUAUAUACUUUUAUUACACUCACGCAUAUCUUUAUAUAUAUCCUCUAGACUUUUUCGACGACCAUUUGCUUAUUUGUUUCUAAUUGUAUAGCAAAUAUUCAUGCUUUGGCAAGCUUCCUUGAGUGCGUUCUACUAAUGAUUUCGGUGUUUGAACAUUUUACUGACAUGUACAAUUCUUCGUUUUGCCAAUUACCUUUGAAUAUUCAUUUGAUUCAAACAAACCUCACUGGUGUCCAGAAACGAUCCGAUCGCUCAUUUUUUAUCCGGAAUUACAUCGAAUCUUGAGAUUUGUCCAUUGGAGAUUAUUAUGUACUUGAAAUAGACUAAGUUGCGUUUGUUGCCUAUAUUUCUGCGUAGAUAACUUCGAAGUGCAUUUUCUAUCAUCUUUAGUGACUCGGCCAAAUGUAAUCGGGUUUCGCUCGUGAGGUUCUUGGGAAAGUUUGAACGAUUGUUGUGUCUUUGUUCUUGAGUAACGUGUGAUAUUAUGAUUUCCUUCCGGGAUGUUGAGAUUACAAGAAACUAUUUUG